AAGGACAAUAAUAAGUUCCUCCAUGCGUUCUAUGCAUUCAUGGCGUUGGUAAAGAUUAUUCUUUGGAGUGUGGGUAGCGCGUCUAUUGCUUACGGAUUAUUCAAGAUCGCAACAUCCAAUGCCGAACAAGUAGCGCAGGAACUGGGCUCGAGCAAGUGGACAGCUGAAUAUCGCAAAGCACAAGCGAGUGACCCUGAUCGAGUAAAGUAUUCAUUGGCCCAGCCGACUUCUAAUCCUUUCUACGUACCACCGAAACCACAAAAAAGCCUUGAGAAGUAAAUAUUAAUAGAGGAAAGGGUCAUUGAAAAAAGCAAAAUCAUGGAAUCUUUGAUAGAGGGAAGUUUGUCAGAUCGAAUAAGCAAGAGGGACCGUGAGCGGAAAAACGUGAUCGAGAGGCGUCGCGAGGAGCGACAGCAACUGGUAGUGGAGUGCGAACAAACAAGUUACUUCAAAGAAGCAUUUUACGCAUCUUGUAAAAAAGUGAAAGAUCUUUUAGACUCGGCACCUACUACAGCGUCAUCGGCUCUGCCAAUAUUGUUUGACAAAGCAAACAAAGAGAUCGAAAGCUUGAAAAAUUACUUGUCACAGUCGAAGCUAUUCCUCAAAGUUUACGACAUAAGAAAAGCUCAGGAAAGUCUUCAGUUACUGGAGAGCGAAGCGACGGAAAUGGAGUUGAAAUUGUUACCGAAGAAAAAGUUUGGUUUUAAAAACCGUCGUGCAGCGAAGAAGCCGCAAAGCGAAAAAGCUAAUGACGUCGUCGACGGUCUGAAGGAUUUGAAAAUAGUAGAAACUAACAAUGUUAAUAACGGUCCUAUUGGCAAACAGAAAAAUGAAUUUUCGAAUAUUCACGGUGAGAGUUCUUGCGUUGUUGCUGGUAAAAGCGACGAAAGGCUCUGUCUCGAUGCUGAAAAUGUUAAUAAGAACGACGUGACGUUAAUAGAUCUUACAAGAUGCACGAUUAAAAUUUAUGGGACACCGAGUACUUUGCACAUGGUUAAUAUUAAAAAUUGCACGAUUCUCGUCGGGCCGGUAGCCUCAUCCGUAUUUAUUCACGACUGUACGUCUUGUACUUUUGCAUUUGCGUGCCAACAACUGAGACUUCACUCAUCCACCGAUUGUACUUUUUAUCUUCACGUUACGAGUCGAGCCAUCAUCGAAGACUCGACUAAAAUCCGAGUAGCUCCUUACAACUGGACUUACGAAGAUCAACAGAGUCAUUUUAAUCUCGCUGGGCUCGACACCAAAAUCAACAAUUGGGAUUGCGUCGAUGAUUUCAAUUGGCUCUCCUAUGAAAAACACUCGCCCAAUUGGUCCGUUCUUAAACCCGAACUCAGAAUCAAAUCGUGGGAUUGACGAAAACAUUUUUAUGAUAAAGAACGAAAGAAAGAGAAAGAAAAACAAGUGAAAUAUUUUAAUUGACUCUUGAAUAUUUUCUCUCCGAUGAAAAUUGGACGAUUUGCAAACAAAUUGCUCCUUUCUCAUUCGUUUAUUAUCAAUUGUUUCACAAUAUUGAGCUACGUUCACUCUGAAACAAUUCAUUCGCGUAAAUUACUAUUUUUCUCGUUCAUUCCAUGAGAGGAAACAAGACGCGCGUCGAUACCAAAAGUCAUAAUCGUUUUUAGUUACGCUUUUCUCUCUUUUUCUUUACUUUUUCCUUUACGAAAUGGACUAGAAAAAUUGUGAUUUGCGUUCGACGAACAGAAAAUGCUUUUUUUUUUUUUAAUUCUCAAAUGAUUGAUAAUAAUACUAUGAAAAUUUAAAAUUUUUCGAAUUCCCAGUGAUCUGUGAAUCUUUACUCGUCAAUGCUCGCCCCUCAGCCCCUAUCAUUGUAAUUACUUAUUAUCGAGAGAUAUAGCAGCCAAAAGUUUAUUAGUGUCGAAGAAUUAUUUAAAAAGUGUAACGAUUUAAAGGCUUUUACACAAUAAUAACAAUGCACAUAAUGUUUAAA